AAACCGGUAGUUGGCAAGUAAGCACAAUCGCUGAAUCGCUGUACGUGUAGAUUUGUUGGAAAAACGAAACUCGUCAACUUUUGAAUAUUCAUCCGGCGUUUGUAACUAUGGCAGCACUGGCUGAACCACAGAAGGAUGGAAAACAGACGAUUGUUGAUGACUUCAUGUAUGGCUCCAAUGUGGCUUCCUCUCAUGUAUACAUCCGCAUGGGUUUUCUGCGGAAGGUGUAUGGCAUCCUCACCACACAAAUCCUCGUAACUACCAUUGUAGCAGCCGUGUUCAUGAUGAACGAAGGGUUGGCCAAGUUUGUACAGAUAAAUCAGUGGAUGUUGUUGGUGGCCUUUAUAGGGACGAUAGGUAUACUGAUGGCUCUGAUGGUGAAAAGGCAGGAAACUCCCACAAACUACAUCCUGCUCGGAAUAUUUACGCUGUUUGAAGCCUAUACUGUGGGUGUUGUUGUGACGUUUUACCAAGUACACAGUGUUAUCGAGGCCUUCGUUCUAACACUAGCGGUGACCACAGCCCUCACAGCCUACACUUUACAAAGUAAACGCGACUUCAGCUCAUGGGGAGCAGGAUUGUUUUCUGCUCUGUGGAUCCUCAUCAUUGCUGGAUUUCUCCAGAUACUGUUCCCGACCGCGAUGAUGGACAAGGCUAUUGCUGUGGGCGGGGCUCUUCUUUUCUCUCUCUUCAUUAUUUUCGACACCCACAUGAUGAUGCACAAGCUGAGCGCAGAGGAGUACAUUGUAGCAGCGGUCAACCUCUAUCUGGACAUCCUCAAUCUCUUCCUCUACCUCCUCAGACUGUUCGGGGAGCGCAGAAACUAGUGGACUGAGUUUUGGGGCCAAAUUUAUUCCUUGUCUUUUGGUUCCUCCGCAAACUGGUUGAGGAAUGCAUAAACUAGAAUGUUGAAUUUUAGAGGCCACAACUCUCCAGUCUCCUUCUUAACCUCCUCCGACUGUUCGGAGAGUGCAGAAACUAGUGGACUGAAGUGUCGGGGCCAAAACUCUUCAUUGUCUUCCUCAUCCUCUGCAAACUGUUUGAGGAAUGCAGAAACUAGAAUGUUGAAUUUGUAGGCCACAACUCUCCAGUCUCCUUCUUAACCUCCUAAGACUGUUUGAAGCAGAAACUAGUAUGUUGGUUGUUUUGGGAGUACAAUAUUUAGUAUACUGAACUAGUGGGGCUGCACUAAUUCAGUUUCUCCUUCCCUUACGUCAGACUGCUUGGGGAGUGUAGAAAAUGUAGGAUGAAAUAUCUUAUCUCUUAAUACAGUGAAAUCUUGUUAACGGAGUGAUGUAAUCAAAUUUACUUUCAAGAUAAUUAUUCAGAAAACUUUCAAGACCCAUAUACAUGUACCCAGAAAUGAAAAUGGUUUUAGAUAACUUCUUGAUUAAGGAUAUUUUUGUUGUUGUUUUUCAGGAACAAAGUAUCAAGUUUUAUAAAUCUAAGUUUAAUAUAUCUGUCGGCUACAAACUGCUACUGGUCUAUUAGAAAGUCUUACAUUUCAUCUCUAGUUGGACCAGUUUCGAUCUUUAAAAAAAAUCAGCCCUAGAGAGGUAAACGUGAUUUUAAUGUAGAGUUUGCAGUAAUCAUUUCAGAUACAAGGUACUUGGUACUUGUAACAGAGUGUGAGAAUGUUAGAUAUUGGAUACAAAUUGUGAUAUACAUUUGAUGUGUAAGCUGGAGUAAGACCGUGUAUAGGACUGUUUUCAUUAAGGACAACCAUCAAUUCAGAAAUGUGUGAGCCUAAAAACUUCCUUGUUGCUGAUAUCGUUUCGAGAAAAGGCACCCUUUCAGUAGGUUGUACAUAUUUUGGAGCGCUCUCAGUCGGUGGUGUAUUUCGUGAGAAAGUAAUCCAAAAUUCUUUCCUUAAUGACUCCAGUAUAUAUGUAAUAUCGCUUCAUCCAUUCCUGACAAUGUUGUAAAAUUUAAUUAUGAUGUAAACAAAAUAUAUGUGUAUAUAUAUAUUGGUAUGGUGCAGAGUGAACUUUCUUUCCAUGAUAAUUGGGCUUGCUUUAUCAACGAUGUAAUUAACAGUAUUUCCCUCAUUGGUGAGAAAGCUCAUUGUUAAUGCAUUGCUAGUUGUUUUUCAAUCUCUGUUGGGUCAUAGCUUUAUAUUUGUUCUGGGCAAAAAGUCAUAUUCUUGGAACAUACGUCGGUACAUUAACAUACGUCGGUACAUCUGUAAAAUAGCACUCUACUACUUGGUACAUUUACUACAGACAUACUUUAACAAGUUUGUAUAUGGUAUAUGAGACAAUAGGACUGAAAUUAUUGUCCUAAGGUAGCACCCUACCCUUAAAUACUGGACACUCUGCAUUAGACAUUUCAUUUUUUUUUUUAAAUAAACCAAACAUUCAAAAUUCAUUAAAUAAUUUCUGAUUACGUUUCUGAAAAACAUUUUUUUCCCCGAGUUUAAUUGUUCUAAACUUUUUUUUAAAAAAUUCUAAUAUUUAAUUCUGAUCAGGGUUUUGCUGCACUGGCUUGGGUUUCAUUACUAUAAAAGCUGCUGUUUAGUAUGAUUUGGUCAUUGUGGUUGCGUUGCCUUGUUACCAAAAGUAACUUCAGUCAGACCUGUCUCAUGAUCGCGAUCAAGAUCCAGGGGAGCUCACUGUAAAUUAUGUACAGUAGGUAUAAGCUUUGUUUUCUCUGCACUGUGUUUGGAAACUGUCAAUAAACUUGUUAGUGGUAAGUGUUGGGGAACUUUAAAGCAGUUUCAUGUGUUUGUAACUAGCUGUGCUGGUGUUGUGAUAUGGUUAUACUCCAUUUAAUCUAUACCAAUUAUUUUUAUACAGGAGUUAAAAAAAAACCCCAAAAACCCCCACAAUUAUGAGGUACCUCAUUUUACUCAGCCCUUUAAACAGAACCAGGGAUACAUUUGUAUUACAGUGUUUUACAUUUAAAUUUGAUCAAGAAAAUUGUUUAUGCCAAUUUUCUGUCAAUAUGCAAGAAGUCGUCUGCUUUUAUGGAAGCUGCCAUUUUUGAUCUUCAAAAUAUUGAUUAAACUGGAUUGAGAGG